UUGCGAAAGAGCAUACGGCUGGUCGAAUAGCGUCACCAUGCCAAGCCCAACCAUCGUCGAAUCACGGCUUAGAGGCUCACCCGCCGUCUGCACGAGCUGCUCAGCAGAGCUCGAUUUCGAACGGCCGCAUUCUUACGAAGGACAGCUUCACGUUCGGUGCGCUCGAUGCAAGAACGUCUUUGCGUGGAAACCCGAGAGCUCUACAGGAGGGGGUAGCAAGUACAGCGGCUCUGGAAAAGCUGGAUCGGGCGUGGCUACGAGCGGUCGACCGGGUACCGAUGAGAAUCCUAAAGAGACGGCGUAUUAUGAUAUCCUCGGAGUCACUCCCAAGGCGACUCAGGAGGAGAUCAAGAAGGCCUACAGGAAGAUGGCUAUCAAACUGCAUCCGGACAAGAAUCGAGGAGACCCAGAUGCGGAUGAAAAGUUCAAAGACCUCAGUAUCGCUUAUCAGGUACUGUCGGACCCGAACUUGCGUCACAUUUACAACCUCAAUGGACAGCGAGCUGGAGGCGGUGUAGAGCCUGCUGGUGGUUUCCAGGAUCCUGACGUAGUACUCGGAAUGAUGUUCGGAGGAGAACGAUUCCGAGAUCUCGUCGGCGAGAUCAGCAUCGGCAAGGACAUGAAGGACGCCAUGGAGGCCGAACAGCAGGAAGCAGAGGAAGAAGCUGCAGCGGGACCACGAGCUGUUGACGCCAAGGGCAAGCCGAUCUUUACGCCCGAAGAAAUCCAGAAGAAGCAACAACGACAGAAAGCUCUUGCCGAUAAAAAGACCGAAGCCAGGAAGGUCCGGGUCGAAAAGCUGUCGGAGAAUUUGAUCAACAAGGUCUCGAUCUUUGCUGAGGGAGCCAAGUCGGAGAACGACAAGGCGGUCAUGACCUCGUUCAAGGAGAUCUGUCGAUUGGAGGCGGCUGAGCUCGUCAAGGAGAGCUACGGUUGGGAGUUGCUGCAAGCCAUCGGAAGAACUUAUAUUUCCAAGUCGGAGCAAUUCCAGGCUUCCUCGACUUUCGCUCCGUUUGGUUGGUUCCACAGUGCUAAACAAAACUUCAACCUGAUCGGUGAUACCGUUUCGACACUACGAGCUGCACUGGAGCUCAAGGCUGUGUUUGAAAAGCUGCAACAAGCCGAACAGUCUGGCCUGUCACAGGAAGCCAUCCGGAAGCUUGAAGAGCAGGCUGCGGAGCAGGGUAUGCGAACCAUCUGGAAGGGUGCCAAGUUAGAGGUCGAAUCGGUCAUUCGUGAAACCUGCGACAAAGUGUUGAAUGACGCCACUGUCACCGAGAAGAAACGGUACAUGAGGUCCGUCGGUCUCAAGAUCAUGGGAGAAGCUUUCGUUGCUCAACCCAAAGAAGGCGAAGAGGUCGAAAAGGUUGAGGAGCGACCAAAGGCUCCUCCUCCUCCGCCUGUCCAUUAUAAUUACCCUCAGGACAAAACCCCCGCUACCCACACCAGCAGUGCGACAAGAGGCCCCAGUAACCAAUCGCAGCCACCGCUGCCUCCAAGGCCGACUCAAGCACCGGAGAAGACCAAGUCUACCCCUCAGUCCUCCGCGCCUAGUCAGGGUAGUCAGUCGGCACAAGGCCCGCCUACACUACCGCAACGAAACGAGCCUAGUGCCAAGUCCUCUGGUACGCAUGCUGCUCUACCCUGACAAGGCUGCGCGCGCAUGUAGCUUAUCUAUAAUAUACAUUUGAUGACAGG